CAUUCACUCAUAUGAAUGCCAGUCGUCUACGUGCCCGCCUCCGUUCGGCUGCUGCAGGGCUCACCGCUGACAGACUACGACAGUCAAAUUAAAGUAAAAAAAAUGGUUGGGCAGUAGCUGUCGCCAUUCGGAUAACAAACGACAAUCUGUGACAAGAUUGUAAAGACUUUUAUUAUUCCAAAGGAUAGUGUGGCAAUGGAAUUAACUGAUGUGAAGGAUGAGACAGUAGAGGAAGAAUGCUUUACAAGGCCUAUAAUGGAAGGGAACUAUAUUUUUAAACAAAAAGUAGUUGAUGAAUGGAACGUUAAGAAGGAGAUAUGCAGCCUGAACUGUGGUCCAGUUAAAAAUGAAGUGAGUGAUGUGAAAUCAUUUCAGAUUAAAGAGGAAUGUUUUGAAUUGCAAGAACUAAAAGAUGACUAUAAAGUUUUGGUUAAAAGUGAAGUCUCCAGUGAUCUCAGUGAAGACCUAAAGUCUUUUGCAAGUGACAUUAGUCAGUUGAACUGCAUUCAAAUCAAAGAAGAACAUGAUCACAAUGAUGCAGAUCACGCUAAGGAUGGAAUUCUACAGACAAAGGCCAUGGUGAGGCAACAAAACAAUGUGCCUGAAGAAAUGUCUACAGCAGUAAAUGAACAGUCUGCUUUAAGAGAGAUAGCCAGUUGUAAAAUAAUGGUUGAAGACAACAAGGAGAUAUUAUUUUAUCUUUGUCCACAAUGCAAAAUAUUUUUACCUACCUCAUCUUUUGAGACACAUAUGAAGAUUAUACACCCAGAUGAAAUACCUGCUGGAACUACAGUCUACUGUUGUUCUGAGUGUGGGAAAAGAUUCAAACGGUUGUCAAAUCUAGAGAAACACAAACAAAAUCACAUAGGAAGGACAAUUCAUAAUUGCACUGAAUGUGGAAAGACAUUUAGCAGUUUACAGAAUUUUAAAGCUCACAAGAGAAUUCAUACAGGUGAGAACCCAUAUUGUUGUACUGAAUGUGGCAAGAGUUUUAGGUGGCACAGCAGCUUUAAAGAACAUCAGCGAAUUCACACUGGGGAAACUCCUUAUCAUUGUGUUGAAUGUGGAAAGAAUUUUGUACGCAAAGGUCAUUUGAAAGAUCACAAACUAAUUCAUUCUGGUGAGAAACCAUAUGACUGCAACGAAUGUGGUAAAAGUUUUCGGCACCUCAAUGGCCUCACAGUGCACCUUCGAAUUCAUACAGGGGAGACACCUUUUCAGUGUGCUGAGUGUGGCAAGAGUUUUAUUCGAAAAGGUGAUUUCAAAGAACAUAAGAGAAUCCAUACAGGGGAGAAACCUUAUAGCUGCUCUCAAUGUGGAAAGAGUUUUGUUCGUAAAGGUCAUUUAAAAGAGCAUGUUCAAAUUCAUACUGGUGAAAAACCAUAUAGUUGUGAAGAAUGUGGAAAAAGUUUUAGGCAGCUGAAUUCCUUAAAAGUACAUCAGCGACUUCACACUAAAGAAACCCCCUUUCAUUGUCCACAGUGUGGGAAGGGAUUUAUUCUCAAAGGACACUUAAAGGAACACAUGCAGAUUCAUACAGGUGAGAAACCUUACAGUUGUGCUGAAUGUGGAAAGAGUUUUAGAAGAUUUUUUACAUUUAAAGGUCACCAGCGUAUUCAUACAGGAGAAACUCCAUAUCAGUGUUCUGAAUGUGGGAAGAGAUUUAGACUUCGCAACAGCUUUAAGGAGCACCUGAGAAUCCAUACAGGAGAAAAACCAUAUAACUGCUCAGAGUGUGGAAAAAGUUUCCGACAUCUUAAUGGACUUACAGUACACCAAAGAACUCAUACGAAAGAGACAGCGUUUCAGUGUAGUGUAUGUGGAAGGACUUUUAAGCAAAUGUACCGCUUAAAAGAACACCAACUAGUUCAUACCGGAGUAAGACCCUAUCAUUGUAAUGAAUGUGGUAAAAGUUUCAGUCAACAGCUCAGCUUCAAAGUACACCGCAGAAUCCAUAUGAGAGAAACACCUUAUCAUUGUACCGAAUGUGGUAAAGGAUUCAGAAAACGUUUAAGCUUAAUAGAACACCAGCGAAUCCACACAGGAGAAAAACCCUUUCACUGUACAGAAUGUGGGAAGAGAUUCUUUCAGUUAAUACACCUUAAAAUCCACUUGCGAGUCCAUACAGGGGAAACACCUUAUCACUGUAAAUGUGGAGCAAGCUUCCGACACCAGAGUAGCUUCAAAUUGCACCAGAAGGCGCACAAUGUAGAAACCACUUAAGUGUAAUUAAUUAUCUGAUUAAGCACAUCAUGAAAGUUUUGUAUUUUACAUAAAGGAAAGAAAACUGUUUUUAAUAAGAUUUUAAAACAUAAAGGAUAACAAAAAUCAGAAAUUUAGUGAAAACAUUAAGGAAUAGUUUCCAAAAUAUUUUGAGUUAAUUACAUCAUUUUAUUCCUUUUGUAUCAUCAUCUAUUUGUUAACAGUGAGAGAGCUGCCACUUCUGUUUGCAUAUUGUUUUUUGGUAUACUGUGUCUGUGCAGUCCUGGCUGGAUAAUCAUUCCACUUAUUGUAGAUUCUGUGAGCUGUUUUGAAUAACUUGAUAAUUGAUUUCCUGGGUCUUUCCUAUGUGGAGUUUGUGUGUUCCCUCCAUGUCCAUUUGGUUUUCCUCCCAGUCUAAAUACAAGCUGGUUAUGCGAAUUGCCCCACUAUUAAAUUGACACAUGUGAGUGUGUGUGUGUUCACCCUGCAAUGGCUCUGUCCAGGUGUUUUUCCUGGUUUGUACCCAGUGAUUGCUGCCUGGAUGGAUGGAUGGGGAAUGACACCCACAUGUUGAGAGACAGGAAAGUAGUCUGAAGUGGCAGAUAAUUUAUUGAAAACUCUGCUCCAUCUGCCCCUUGCAUAAUUAGGUUUGGGGAACUUUGUAUUUUACAUAUGAUCUUUUGCCAUUAUGUCUGCAUGUUCCCCACAUCUGUGUGGGUUUUUCUCACAUGGCUCCAGUUCAUCUCCCUCGCCUCAAAUUUUAUGUGUGUUAAGUUGAUUGGUGGUUCCUAAUUGCUCUUGUGUGUUUGAGUUCUGGGAUGAAUGUAGUGUCUUCGAACUGAUCCCUGCCUUGCACCUAAUCCUGCCAGGAUAGGCUUUGGCUCCCGCUCAACAUAAAUAAAUUAAGCAGAUAUGAGAAUGUUAAGUUAUUCUGUUUGGUGAAUUUGCAACCUUUUUUGUUCAGGUGUCAAUACAUAGGAGUUUAAGUAGUUUUAACCAUAUAUACUGUAGAUCAGAAAUCCUUAGUUCAUGCAGAUUUACUGUAGCUCUAACUGGAAGCUAACCCACACCUACAUCUGAGUUAUGUUGAAACAUUUCCAUUUUACUUUAAUCUUGUCAUCUUAAUAUAUGUUUUUGAUUUUAUUUAGUAUGCCACUGUGUUUUAAGAGUCAUGUAUUCUUGUACCUUAUUAAAUAAAGUUCAUGAGGUAAAACAGUAUUUUCUAAUUCUCUCAUUACUUCUGAUGUUAUGAAAGCAUAUGUACAAAGUGCAUGAAUGAACAUGAAUCCAGCAGUCUGUGAUGAGUGAACAGGC